UCGUUCAGUGAGAGCUUAGCUUCGAGGCAGAACGCACACGCUUAGCUUGCUUCGUGAAAUGUGCCCAGCAUUUAUGCGGAAAAACAACAUAUGAAGAGCACAAUACAAUCUGUUACCAAUAGAAUACAGUAUAUAAACAAGAGCUAUCCUGGUGGACAUUCUGUGACGCGAUUCAAAGGAAACUAGACCGAGAGGACAUCAUGAACUUAAAGCUAAGUUUUACGGCACUCUUUUCGCUGCUUUCGCUUGUAAAUAUCGUUACGUCUAGUCGGACGUUUGAGGUUGAUUAUGAUAAUGAUCAGUUCCUAAAGGAUGGACUACCUUUUCGCUUUAUAUCUGGUUCCUUUCACUACUUUCGCGCACAUCCAGACACCUGGUCACGACAUUUGCGAACAAUGCGUGCCGCCGGCUUAAAUGCUGUCACCACAUACGUUGAAUGGUCGCUGCAUAAUCCACGAGACGGUGUCUACGUUUGGGAUGGCAUUGCAGAUCUGGAGCGCUUCAUCCGUCUGGCGGUGAGCGAGGAUCUGCUGGUGAUACUACGCCCGGGUCCCUACAUAUGUGCCGAGCGAGACAUGGGCGGUUUUCCCUAUUGGCUUCUCACCAAGUUCCCAGGCAUUCAACUCCGCACAGCCGAUACUAACUAUCUGAGCGAAGUUCGCAUCUGGUACAACCAGCUGAUGACCCGAAUGGUGCCAUAUCUAUAUGGCAAUGGCGGACCCAUUAUCAUGGUUCAGGUCGAGAACGAAUACGGCUCGUUCUUUGCCUGCGAUCUCAACUAUCGCAACUGGUUGCGCGACGAGACACAGAGCUAUGUGAAGGACAACGCUGUCUUGUUUACCAAUGAUGGACCAACAGUGCUGCGUUGCGGCAAGAUUCAAGGUGUUCUGGCCACAAUGGACUUUGGUGCCACACGCGAUCUUAAGAGUAUUUGGGCCAAGUUGCGUCGCUACGAGCCGAAAGGUCCCCUUGUGAAUGCAGAGUACUAUCCUGGCUGGUUGACCCACUGGACCGAACCGAUGGCCAAUGUUAGCACGAAUUCAAUAACUGGAACAUUUAUUGACAUGCUGAAUAGCGGAGCAAGCGUCAAUUUCUACAUGUUUUAUGGCGGCACCAACUUUGGCUUUACGGCGGGGGCUAAUGAGAAUGGUCCGGGCAACUACAUCGCAGACAUAACCAGCUACGACUACGAUGCACCCAUGACAGAGGCGGGCGAUCCCACGCCCAAGUAUUGGGCUCUACGCCGCAUCAUUGGCAGGUAUUUGCCUUUGCCAGAUGUACCAGUGCCAGAUCCGGUGGCAAAGCGCGCUUAUGGAUCUGUUCGAUUGGCUAGCUGCUGUUCUCUGUUCUCCAGCGAGGGGCGACAAAAGCUGGCAACGGGUGUGGUGCGCUCCAACAAACCAAUGACCUUUGAGGCAUUGGAACAGAACUCCGGACUGGUGUUGUAUGAAACCUGGUUACCGGCCCACUUCCAACGGGAUCCGAGCGUCUUGUAUGUGACCGGACUCGCUGAUCGAGCAUAUGUCUUUGUGGACAAUGAAAUCGUGGGCAUACUCGCCAGAGAGACGCCUAUCUAUGAAAUGCCGCUGAGCGCGAGCUCCGGCAGACUUUUGCAAAUACUUGUGGAGAAUCAGGGUCGCUUGAACUAUGGACGCCAAUUGAAUGACUUCAAGGGUCUGACAAAGGAUGUACGAUUGGACAAACAGGUGCUGAGCAACUGGAAUAUGACCAAGUAUCCGUUGGAGUCAUACGAAAGUCUGGAGCAGUUAAUUCUUGAGUCAACUGAGUCGGCACACUUUGGCUUCCAGGACCUAAAGAAACCACAAUUAUUGCUCCGAUCCGGCCCUGGCGUCUACCAUGGUGUACUGAACAUCAACAAGAGCGAUCAGCUGGCUGACACUUAUUUGGACACGACAGGCUGGGGAAAAGGUAUCGUGUUCAUAAACGGCGAGAAUCUGGGCCGAUACUGGCCACUUGUGGGACCCCAGGUAACCCUCUACGUGCCUGCUCCAGUGCUUAAGAUGGGUGCUAACCAAAUCGUUCUGGUGGAGUAUCAAAUGGCACCCACCUCAAUGGAACUGCAGUUUCGCGAUACGCCCAUCCUGAAUGGCAGAUCUUAACAUUAGCUUAGCUUAGACUAGAAUUAGUGAGUGCGUUGUGCAUCAUGUAAAUGUUUACUGGAUUAAGUAUUUUGUGAGGCAUUAAAGUAUGGUGACAGCGUC